CCACGCCCCUUACGUCGGGACGCUUGGUCGCCUCUGGAGGCGCCGUAAUCGCGGUCCAGAAGGAAGGAGCCCGUCUCUGCGAGGAGCUGUGAUGGUGUUGAGUUUGCGGCGAGGGCCGACCGAGACGCGGCGUUCGCGGCCAUGAAGGUGGGGGAGUGGUGCUAAGGAUCAAGUACACUGUUUUAGAAAAAGAAAACAAAACCCAAACAUGAGGAAGGCGGGUGCCACAUCUAUGUGGGCUUCAUGCUGUGGACUGCUGAAUGAAGUCAUGGGAACCGGAGCUGUCAGGGGCCAGCAGGCAGGAUUCGCCGGAAGUACCGGUCCAUUCAGAUUUACGCCAAACUCUGAUUUUUCCACUACUUACCCACCAGCACCUACAGAAGGGCCUAAUAUAGUUUGCAAAGCCUGUGGACUUUCAUUUUCAGUCUUCAGAAAGAAGCACAUAUGUUGUGACUGCAAGAAGGAUUUUUGCUCUGUUUGCUCAGUCUUACAAGAAAAUCUUCGUAGAUGUUCCACCUGUCACUUAUUACAAGAGACGGCCUUUCAGCGCCCUCAGUUAAUGCGACUGAAAGUGAAGGAUCUGCGGCAAUAUCUCAUUCUUAGAAACAUACCCAUUGAUACCUGUCGAGAGAAAGAAGACUUGGUAGAUUUAGUGCUGUGCCACCAUGGGCUGGGCUCUGAGGACGACCUGGACACCAGCAGUCUCAAUUCCUCAAGGUCCCAGAAUUCUAGUUUUUUUACACAUUCAUUUUUCUCAAACUAUACAGCCCCCUCUGCUACCAUGUCUUCAUUUCAGGGAGAACUAAUGGGUAGAGACCGGACCUUAGGAUCUGGAGCCUUGGCACAGGCACCUGGCAUCUCCAAGAAGAGACUGAGAGCUUCGCUGUCUGACCUGUCAAGCCUUGAAGAUGUGGAAGGGAUGAGCGUGCGCCAGCUGAAGGAAAUCCUGGCUCGGAAUUUUGUCAACUAUUCUGGCUGUUGUGAAAAAUGGGAGCUGGUAGAGAAAGUAAACCGCUUAUACAAAGAGAAUGAAGAAAACCAAAAGUCAUAUGGUGAGCGGCUGCAGCUACAGGAAGAGGAAGAUGACAGCCUGUGCCGGAUCUGCAUGGAUGCUGUCAUAGACUGCGUCCUGCUCGAGUGUGGGCACAUGGUCACCUGCACCAAGUGCGGCAAGCGCAUGAGUGAGUGUCCCAUCUGCCGACAAUAUGUGGUGCGCGCUGUGCACGUGUUCAAGUACAGCUUUUUAUAG